UGCCGCUUGUUUUCCACCACUGUCCACACCGACCACAACCAUCCGGAGGCUUUCUUAUUUCAUCUUAAUGCGAAAAUCCCGUAUGUCUGCAGACGAAUUUGACCAGCGAUAAAGUAUGCGUUUGACGGAAUCCAAGCCGUAGAGUGGGAUUCGCGGUUAAUGGUUCACCGGAAGGAAGAACGUCGACGAUUAUUAGGUGCUUACCUAGUUUUUUCAGCUCAACACAAUGGUUAAGCAGAAGACUAGAAGGCUUCAAUAGCCACAUACUUAGUCCAAAUAGCAAUGCCGAGGAAACUAUAUGUCAUACAUAACACUUAUCAAAUGUAGGCCAAGACACACUCUUGGCACUUGGAAAAAGGCCCAGCCUGUCUUGGCUGCCUUGUGUUGGCUAACAUAUAAUAACUGCGGAUAUUUUGCUGUUCCUCCAAACUCCACCUCUACGAUGUCCGAUUCAAGUCAUGCUCAAGGAACGUCUACAACUAACAACGACAGCAAUCUGGGUAUUUCUUGGGAGAUUGGAGUGAUAAUUGGCAUAAUUGUCAUUUUCCUCUCUGUAAUCGCUGCUGCAAUCUUUCAACGCCGCCGGCGACGUCUUGCUUCGAACAUGGCUCUCGAUCUUGAGAAAACUCAGCAUCGUCGUAGUUCCACAAACAACAUUUCUUCAACGCGGCCCUAUUCAUCGUCAUCUACAACUUUAAAGGAAACGAAGGAAUUGACUAAUAUAGCGGUCGAGGUUCCGAGUUUCACAAGUACUACGAUACCCAAGCCCUCACCUUCAGCAUCCUCCGCGAUAUUGAGCUCCAAGGGAUUCCCACGAGCCGAAUACUUUCCUGAACAUCCGUCACAAAAACCGCCCAAUUACUAUUGGCAUUACCGAUCAUAGUUUACACUCUAUUCUUACCACUUCCAAGUCGAACACUGUAUUUCUAUAUAAUCACACUGUGUAUUCCGUUUUCCCCUCCAGCAUUCUCGUAUCAUGAGUUUUUGGAUUCACUAUGUAAAUAAGUAAUGUCGUGCUGAAUAAAACUUCGAAUGUAUCCUUUGUAAAUUUUUAUCAACCCAAAGGUGACGCGAACAGACGCAAACCCAGAGCAGACGUUGUGCAGUGAACGCCAA